CAGAUAUGACCAAGGGAUCCUAACUCGACCACGACACAAUAUACAUUACAAAGUCAUUAUUUCUCAACGAUUUUUGGAUUUGUCAAUAUCAAAAUGGGUAACAUCUCCUCUGCGCAAAGCUCAUCACCAUCUUUUCCGAUUGAUUCCGCCUUUGAACUUCCAUCUCCUUUGCCAUCGUGGCCUUCAGGAGAAGGAUUUGCAAAGGGGGUAAUAGAUUUGCGAGGUCUUGAAGUUUUCCAAAUAACAACGUUUAAAAAAGUAUGGACUGUAUACGAAGGAGGACAAGAUAAUCUUGGAGCCACUUUUUUUGAGCCGUCUUCAGUACCUGAAGGCUUCUCACUUCUCGGUUUCUACGCUCAACCCAAUAACCGCAAGCUUUUUGGAUGGACACUUGUCGGUAAAGACCUCUCCGGCGACUCUUUAAGACCUCCGGUAGAUUAUCUUCUUCUUUGGAGCGGCAAAUCUACAAAGGUAGAGAACAAUAGGGACCAAACUGGAUACUUUUGGCAGCCUGUACCUCCUGAUGGUUACAGUGCAGUGGGUCUAAUUGUAACCACCAAGGCUGAGAAGCCUCCUCUAGACAAGAUCCGUUGUGUCCGGUCUGAUCUAACGGAUCAAUCCGAGCCAGACGCUGUGAUAUGGGAAUCUAAUGGGUUUGGGGUUUCGAGUUCUAAGCCUGUCAACAGAGGAACACAAGCCCCUAGUGUAUGUGUUGGUACGUUCACUGCAAAUCCAACCCUAGCUUGUCUGAAGAACAACAAGUUCGACUUUUCUUGCAUGCCAAGCAAGGUCCAGAUCGAUGCUCUGUUUCAAGCUUACGCUCCUUUGAUCUACUUCCACAAAGAUGAGAAGUAUCUCCCAUCGUCUGUCAACUGGUUUUUCAGCAACGGUGCCUUGCUUUACAAGAAAGGCGACGAAUCAAACCCGGUGCCGGUCGAACCAAACGGCUCAAAUCUUCCUCAAGGUGAAGCCAACGAUGGUCUUUACUGGUUAGACCUACCAGUUGCUUCUGACGCAAGAAAACGAGUCCAAGGCGGAGAUUUACAGAGCAUGGAAGUUGAUCUUCACAUAAAACCUGUUUUUGGUGGAACAUUAACAGAUAUAGCUGUCUGGAUGUUUUAUCCAUUCAAUGGACCUUCACGAGCCAAGCUCAAGCUCGUGACAAUCCCGUUGGGGAGAAUAGGCGAACACAUUGGAGAUUGGGAACAUUUCACUCUCCGGAUAAGUAACUUCAACGGCAAGCUACAGAGGAUGUACCUCUCGCAACAUAGCAGAGGAAGCUGGAUUGAUGCUCCGGAGAUUGAGUUUCAGAGUGGUGGAAACAAACCAGUGGCUUACGCUUCUUUAAAUGGGCAUGCAAUGUACGCUAAACCAGGACUAGUGUUGCAAGGCAGAGACGAUGUAGGGAUUAGGAACGAUACAGGAAAGAGUGAAAAGGUGUUUGAUACUGCGGUUAGGUUUAGGGUUGUUUCGGCUGAGUAUAUGAAAGAAGUGGAGGAGCCGGUGUGGUUGAACUAUAUGAGACAUUGGGGACCAAAGAUUGAUUAUGGUCGUGAAGAUGAGAUUAGAAGUGUGGAGAAGAUUGUUGUUGGAGAGAGUCUGAAGAAUCUGUUCAGGAAUGUGAUUAACGGAUUGCCUAAUGAGGUUUUCGGAGAGGACGGACCUACGGGUCCGAAGCUGAAGAGGAACUGGUUAGGUGACGAAGAUUGAAUCUCUUCAUGUUGUUUCUUUUUCAUUUUAAUGUUUGGUUUUGUGAAUCUAUUGUUAUCUCUGUCUUUGUCAAUUUGGGGUAGAUACAAUCA